AUGGUAGUGGUGGACGCCUAUUCCAAAUGGCUGGAGGUGGCCCUGAUGCCCUCCACCACUACCGAGGCCGUCAUCCGGGUGCUGCAAGGCCUCUUUGCGACGCAUGGGUGUCUUGAUGUCCUUGUCUCCGACAACAGACCACAGUUCACAUCAGGCACUUUUGAGCGGUAUCUUUUGGGACUGGGCAUUCGCCAUGCCCUAACGGCACCAUUUCAUCCAUCCAGCAACGGGCAAGCGGAGAGAAUGGUGCGCUCAGCAAAAGAGGCACUGGCGCGCCUGGACUGGGGAGACUGGCACGAGCGGGUCGCCGAAUACUUGUCCGUGCAACACAUCACCCCUCAUGCGGCCACAGGGCGGAGUCCUGCUGAACUGCUUAUGGGCCGCCGCCUCAGGUCCCCGCUCGACCGGCUGCACCCGGACUUUGCCGUGGCCGAACCCCCAGGCUGUGCCAACGCGCCACGGUCAUUUGUUCCAGGAAACCAGGUCUUUGCCCGGAACUAUGUGGGGGACAUUCCUUGGGUGCCAGCCACAGUAGUGGGAGUCACUGGACCUCGCUCGUACCAGGUGGCACUCGAAGACGGACGCUUGUGGCGCCGGCACAUAGACCAGCUUAGGCGCAGGGUUGGGGACUUGGACACUACCGUGGUGCCCCCAACUGCGCUCGUGGCUCCAGAACAGACACUUACAGAUGGUGAGGCUCCACAUACACCUCUCUCGCAAACUGCCGACGUGGAGCCGAACCAAGCUGCUUCAGAGGGUCUGCCAGACUUACCACAGACUCAGACCACUGCCAUGCUUGACAUUCCGCCAACUCCACUUGUGGAGGUUCCACCCACAGCAGCGAAUCCAGGGGACUUGGUUUCAACGCCACCUAGGGUUGCACCACAGCCUCAGCAGGAAUUGUGUGGCCCCCCGGACUUGGCUACCAGUCCCUGGCGGUCUGGCAGAGUUUCCAAGCGCCCAAUUUUUUUAAAGGACUAUGUUGUUGGACAUGUAUCACUGUUGGUCUAAGUAUGUGAAAUAUAACUGAUAUGCUUUUGUGCCUAACUGAACCAUUACGUGUAGUGCUGUAUAUAAGGAAACCAUUACGAUUGUAACUAACGCCUUAUCUCGGUGGGGAGGGGUGUUAUGUACUGAUGUUCUCACCCUGGGCCAGCAGGGGGAUACUGUAGAUAGUUAUGCAAAUGAAGGAUCGAAAGUGACGUUCAGUGAUUGGAUAGUUUGUAUGCAAAUGAAGGAUCGAAAAGUGACGUUCUGUGAUUGGAUAGUUUUAGAAAGUUGCAACAGUUACAAUUGUUCUGGAGCUCUAUAUAAGCAGGCUGACUGAGCUCCUCAGUUAGUUCUGUUCUGGCAUCUGAAUAAAGAAGAGCUAUUUGAAGAAUUGCUGUGUCGUCUGAUAUGUUCACCCACAACUUAACAGAUAGGAAAGCAUUGACCAAAGUAUUGGUAGCUAGCCAUGACUCUUAGACUAGGGGAGGAAUGGGAAAGCUGUGGCCAGAUGUUGUUGGGCUAUAACUCCCAUUAUCCCCGAUUAUCAGCCAUGCUUUAUUCCCUAACAAGUACAUUUAAGGUUGCAGCUCACAAUGUGUCAUCUUAAAUGCAUUUUAACUGGUGAAAGUUCUACUGAAAUUAGUGGGACUUCCUUAUAAAUGCACUUAGGAUUCUUCAGCCAAUUCUGAACGGUACAGCCAUGUGCUCAGUUUAAUACAUGCUCCUCAUGAAAUAGCUUUUUAUAACAAAUAUAAAUAUCACUCUGUCUGGCUGAGGUAAAGCAUGCUGGUUUCUAAUUUCUUUGAGACAUCUAUCAAUAGCUACGUCUGCCUGCAAAAUAUAGCUUAAUUUUUCAUUCUGUUUUUAGACGGAAAUAUGCACAGCCUUAAUCUUAAACCUUUGCACGCUGAGCACCAGAUGAAAAUAAAUUGCGAGCUGGAAAAUGGAACUAAAACAAAGGCAAUUGAAAAUGACUUUGAGAGAAAAAUAAACUCAUUUUUCCUAAAAGAAGGAUUUUAAAACAUAGUAUUGAAACACUUGCUCUGAAUUAAUCCCGCUGAAGUAUAUGUAAAAGUUUGGAGGCUGAGGGUUACAAACACAGUUGUACCUCAGAAGUCCUGCAGCCAAUCGGAAGCCGCGUCGGAUGUUUGGGUUCCAAAGAACGUUUGCCAACUGGAACACUCACUUCCGGGUUUGCAGCGUUCAGGAGCCAAAACGUUUGAAUUGGAAGGCGUUCGGGAUCCAAAGUACAACUGUAUAGGAAAGAACCCUCACAUUCCAGAGUUACACUGCGUUCUUCUAAGUGCAUAGCACUAUUUGUACGUUGUUUACAUGGCUGAUGGCUGUAUACAUUACACACAUUUAAAGCAAACACCUCAUGAAUCUUGGGAACUGUAGUUUCAGGGUGCUGAUGACCCUGUGAGGGGUAAACGACAGUUCUUGGCAUUCUUUUUCAGGGUAACAUGUUUAAAAAUAUGGUGUAUGCACAUAUAAUGUGUGAUGUAUACACAUUUGGUGUAUACACACAACAGCUCACAUGGUUUUUAAAGCUUGGCAACUCCAGGUAAAUUGGUUUGGCAGUAUGUUUACAUGAAGAACUUCCCAAUGCUUUAAAAGCUAUCCAAGUCCACAAGCGGAAGGAAAAAUAAAAUUAUUGAUUGCAAGGCUUACCUAGAAUAAAUAAAGUUAGACAGUUUCUGGUCUUUUGAGAGUUGGCUUGUGAAUGUUUUCACACAAGACUGGAUUGUUAGAAGUAUCUCUCUAACAAGACUGGGGCACUAGUUCCUCCUAAAUCCACUUACACAUACAGACCAGUCUUCCAGAGUCAGAGAGAAAACACGGAUGUGCCAAGAAAGCAUUAUCCUACAAAUUAAAUAUUACUAGAUAUUCAAAUAAGCAAGUCAAACUGAAAAUCAUUCAGGGUUACCUGCCAGUGUGACGUGGAGUAAGAAAAAGUAUUAGCUCUAAAUAUGAUAGUCAGAAGCUCCCAUUUCAGUGUAUAUUAUUUUGGCUUUCUUUCUUUUUUUAACCUACCCGACUUUGAUUUGAAUGGCCCUCAAACACAACUUUUAAAGCAAAAAUAUAUCAGGUUUGCUCCUAACUGCAUUUGUGAUGGGAAAAGUACAUUCUUCAUGUCAAUGCAUCAUAGAGGAAGAUGAUUGUGUGGAACAAAAACAGCAGUUAAACAGACAAAGGCACCCUUCCAAUCCUUGUCUAUUUGAAAAACGGAAGGAUUGAUUAGUCUAUUUUAGUUCCCAUUACUUGUGCUCUUUGCAUUUCUGACUGCCUGAUAUUAUAUUCGUAGCUGGCCAUGUCUGCAUUGGUUGCAUAUCGUACAAGCAAAUUGGCUCCAGACAAUCUCACAAGAGCUAGACACCCCAUAUAAAAGGUAAAGGUAAAGGGAACCGCCGACCGUCUGAUCGCCUAGUCCUAAGCUCUGUGGUUUAACCCACAGCGCCACCCGCAGGCAAUGCUUGAAGCACAACAGCAAGCCAUCCCACUUUUUUACAGAUGGAGCCUACUUCUUUUUAUGCUCAAUCUAUCCAAACCAACCCACUUCCUUCCCUUUUCCCUCCCACAUUCAAAACAUCCAGCCUCAUUCCACUUCCUUUCCUUUCUUUUUUAAACUUCCUUCUCCCCUCUCCACCAACUAAGAUGCUGGAAAUACGGGGGGUGGGGGGAAUUUGCAUACAUAUUCUCAAGCAAGGUUUACCAUUGAGCCUCGAUUUUUCUCUUCACAGUAAUGGGCUUGCAGCCCAAGCUGCGCUCCCCUAGAACCUGGUAGAGCGCACCCAUUUUCUAUCACCCUCCUCCGCGUUUGGGGCCCUGAGACACACAAUCUGCUCAUGGUGAUACAUGAGCUCAUGGUGAUACUUUUGCUUCCACAUCUGCUGUCAGAUCCCCUAGACAUACAAGGUCAAAGGGCACAUUCUGGAUCUUCACAUGUCAAGACAAUAAGAAUCAAUUUUAAUUUUCAAAAGACAGAGCUAUCGCUGAAGAAGAUCACUAAAUGCUACUAAUUUCUUUAGACCCCAGGGGUCUUGGAAGGUAAUCUCAUUAAGGUGAAAUACUGCCUAAGUGCAGCUGUGGGACUCAGCCUUAACCUUCAAUUCACAUUGCAUUGCCUACUAGCAUUGUUGGAUUAAAUACUGCUUUAUCUGACUCAUGGAUUAAUACUGAUCUCAGAACUAUCAUAAAAUAUAAGGUAAGGAUGGCCUCGUGAGAAGGUGUACUGUACUGCCACCACCCUUCCCGCUCUCUGUCCCAUCUGCUCAACAUGACAAGUUCUCAAUGCAUGUUUCAGAAGGAAAAUAAUCACUUGCAUUAUUCUUCCCACCUUUAUUCUAUAUUGGAAAAGGAUGCCUGAGAAUCUGCCCUUGAGGACGUAUGUAGAAGUUGGAAAAUAAGGACAAUUAGGCUGUGCUACACACACCCAUUUACUUUGCAGCCUCUCCUCAUAUGAAUUGACUCAGAAACUGUGGCCAUCAUCUGAAGCCCUUCUUUGUGUGCCUCUUCCACAAGAAGUCUGGAGGGUGGAAACACAAGAACGGGUCUUUUCUGUGGUGGCUCCCCACUUGUGGAAUGCUCUCCCAAGGGAGGCUCACCCGGCAGCUUCGUUACAUAUAUUUAGGUAGGGUUGCCAUAUUUUGAAGAGUAAAAAUAGAGGGACAUCUUUACUGACUUCUACUUUUCACUCUGGGUUGCUAUGGUGACUCUCAUUUUACAUACCCAUGAAAAAGAGGACAUAUGGCAACCCUAAUUUUAAGCGCCAGGCAAAAACAUUCUUCUUCUCCUAGGCCUUUGGCUAAUUAAACAAUCUAGGGCCUUUUAAACUGGGAGGGGGAGAGAGGGAAUAUUUGUUUGUUACUAUGGUAUGCAUUUUUGUGUUCUUGUGGUCUUUGGAUGAGGGGUGGUAUAGAAAUUUAAUAAAUAAAUAAUAUUUUUUUAAAAAAUAAAAUCAAUGUUAACCACAACCCAUAGCUAUCCUGUAUCUACCCUGUAGUUUAUUUUGAAAUGCUGACCGUGCACACAUUACUGGCUAAAAACACAGAAGUCAGUAUGGUUGUAUUUCUAAGUCGCCUGAUGUUUGCCUGUUAUGUAUUGAAGUUCUCACCCUAGCCACCACUGUAUGUAGUUUUCACUCAGGUCCAGGUAAGUUAAUUUAGGCGGGAAACCCUGGGCUGCUGUUGUUACAAUGUUGACAGCCGGCUGCCUAUAAAAGCAGGCCGGCUGAGCUGUUUGCUGUUCAGUUCAGUCCCAGCUUACUUAUAAAGAACUACUUGGAGAAAUCUCUGUCGUCUGCUAUGUCCACCCACUACAGUGGUACCUCGGGUUACAUACGCUUCGGGUUACAUACGCUUCAGGUUACAGAUUCCGCUAACCCAGAAAUAGUACCUCGGGUUAAGAACUUUGCUUCAGGAUGAGAACAGAAAUCGUGCUCCGGCGGCAUGGCGGCAGUGGGAGGCCCCAUUAGCUAAAGUGGUGCUUCAGGUUAAGAACAGUUUCAAGUUAAGAACAGACCUCCGGAACGAAUUAAGUACUUAACCCAAGGUACCACUGUACUUAAUACUGCCCACACCAGUGGGUGGAGAGUGGGAAUGGAUGUCCUUAUAUGGCUGAAGUUUUCAAAUCAGAUCAAAGCUGGUUUGGGGAAAAAUUCAUCAGAACACAGUGUUUUCCAAUAAACUAUAGGACAGAUGUGGAUUGCAGCGAACUGUGUGUACAGAGCUUCAUAAUCUAAUGUUAGGAGUAUGGAUGCAUUCUCUACCCCCAACCAAAUUGUGAAAUAAAGGGCUAGCUGCAUUUUAAGCUAGUAUUGCAUACACAGCCUUACAGCAGCUAAACCUGAGUAACUGUAGGUGUAGUCAGAAAAAGUUAUUGAUGUCAAAUAUUUGUCAGUGCUUCAGUUCAAAUUUACACCUCUGUUGCUGUUAUUUCUCCAGACUAGAAGUGAAAAUCAUUGUUAAAUCCAGCUAGCUUGAGAUGUAUGAAACAUCCACUAUAUCUUCUCAAGCAAUGUUCACCUUUUGUUUUCUCCAUUAACAUUUCAGAUUAUAAUCUUUUUCCUUUUUUGCACAUUCACCAAGCAGCAGAGGUGGUGGCUCAAAUCCUCUGAUCUUAUCCUUGAAUAAAUAUAAAUCUCAGAUAGCCAAAAGCUGGAGAUAAACCACACAAAUUAUAUGGCAUACUACCUCUGAAGCAUCUGGAAUUGGCUGUAUAUUUUAAAAAUUGAAAAAUGCCCAUUGGUCAUUGCAAGUGUAUUGCUCAUAGCUUGAAAAAUGAAGGAAACAGCUUUUUAAUUGUAUUUUUUAAAAACCACAACAACACAUGAAUAUCCCAAGUUAUUCUCUGUUGUAAGUAAACCCCUGUAUGAUUUACUCCCAAACUGACAACAUUACUUCUCCCUCUGAAUAUAAUACUAGGGUGGUCAUUUAUGUCUAAGGGGGGAAAAUGACAGAGAUUUGAAUACAAUUAGCAUAUACUAGAGAGAUAGAUAGACUGUUCAGUUUGUUGUCUAGGUGCCCGCUGUUGAUGGACAACUAGAAUGGCCCUGUUCUCCUUUCUUCUGAUGAAUUUAAACCAGACUUGGGUCAGACAGUCCUUCAGUAACAACCCUGUCUUCUGCAAACUAGUGCAAAUGGCUACUUUAUUCUCAAUCCUAAACUCUCACUUCCUUGCAUUUUAAAAAAAGUGUAAUGAUAGCUCAGUCGGUAAAGCAUCAGACUCUUAAUCUGUGUCUUGAACCCCUGGCCUACCUGGCAGCAAGUCAAAAUGUUGCAUCCGAAGUCCAAAAUCCGGGGGUCAUGCAGCCACACAAGUCAAGUCCAAAGUCAAGGAAACGUAGUCCAGGUCCAAGUAGCCAAGUGUGAAGUUCCACAAUCAGCAUACAGUUCAGAGUCAAACCCAAAGCAGAACCCCAGAGAAAUCCAGGACCAUCCAAGCCAAAGUGCCUCAACAUGGGCAGCUGAGCAGACACAGCACCUCAGCUCUGCUGCCCUCUUUGCAUGCUGAUUGCAGCAUCACAGCAUCUGGGCUUGAUGAGGCAGGUGACCCUCACCUGUUCUGAGCCUAUCACACACUUCCUCCCAGAGUUAGCGAGCCCCACCUGGCCAACUAGGGAGCUGGGCUGUGGGCUACUGCCUACCUCAGCCUCCUACAGCGCCACUCCUGCUGCUCCCAACGCCUCAGAGCCCACUGUGUUCAUGAUGGGUCCUGCUGCUCCGGUUCCUGUGCAUUGACAGCCAUCCCCUUGCCAUCCUACAUCACCUUGUGAGUACAGUCCUUCCUUCCCUAUCCCCUGCUUGCUCUGGUUUGUCCCAGUCCCAGCCUCGCCCCUCGCCAGGAUAUUCUUCCUCCUCCUCACCAUCGUCCUGCCAGUUCAUGACAAUCUGAGGGUUGUAGGUUCAGGAGCCUCAGGUUUUACUAUCUUUGGUUUCUGUUUUAUUAAGCUUUACUAAUCAGAAAUUUUAAGUUAUACCUUUUGUCGCUGGCCAAUAUCUGUGCUCUUUGAUUCCUGCUGCUUGCAUAGCAAUCUAACCUCACAUGUUAAAUUUGCAAGAACACCAGCAACACCUAAGUCUAGGAAAUAGUACCUUUGUUGCAUAACUGGGCCAACCAAUGCUGUAUAUCUUGUGAAACUAUAUUGGGUGGAUUGACUCAGGAGCACAUUUCCAGAAGAGAAAAGAAAAUGUAUUUCUAGCCAUAAAUAGUUUAUUGCUGAGAAACAAGUUGGGAAGGAUGAAUUUCCCCCUUCUAGGGCAUCUUGCUCUUAGCACCGGAGUAGCAUUGCAUUGCUGGUUUCAGUAUAAGGAGAAAGAUUGAUGAGUGGGACUUGGUGUGUCUGGGAACCUGAUCUUGCAUUAAUGAGAGCACUGCUAUACGACUGCCAAGUGUCUCCUGUCCAGGAGCAGACAGAAGGCCAAAGAGCAAAACAGAGGGCAUACCUAACAGUCUCAUUUGCAUUGCUGGAACAACACAAGCCCAAGCAAGGCCAUGUCUUGUCAGAUUCUCAGUGUAAGUGUGUGAACCGUGUGUUGUUGGGUGCAAACAGUGCUUGUUUUCAUAUUCUAAUUUAUUUAAGUGUGUACUAUUCCCUAGUAAUAAGACAGAUUUUUUUUUAAAGUGCUUUCUCUGUGUUUGAACCGUAUCACAAGACAACCCAAAAGCAGCAGCAGCUGAAAUAAUCACUGAUUUAGAAAUGGCAAGAGGCAACUAUCUCAAGAUGUUUCCCACUUGUCAUAUGUUUGGCAAUGAUAGCUUGGGUCCAUGUUCCAGUCUGUUAAAGCCUAGAGGCUACUUGAAAGGGUAGAUAGAAUAGAGGGCAUCCAAAGAUGCUUGAAAAAUGUGUGGGCCAUUUUAUAGGACCCCACCUCCACCCCCUGACAGUUUGGUACUCGCCACUGAAAAGAUGUGUGGUAGCUCUCUUCUCCCCUCUGCUCAUGGAGAAAGGACAUAGCUGGGCAAAUAUCUGGAUAUUUCCUCAACAUUGAGAAGACUGUCUUGCAAUGACUUCUGGAAUUCCAGUUCUGCACAUGGAAAGGGAGUUCAGAUGGCCCAUUGCUCACCACAAUGGCAGCUGCAUGUGCUGGCUCUAAGCUUCCUAGUCAUAACAUGCCUGUGUUGGGGCCCAAAGAUGUGCUGGGCUAAUACACCAUGGCAUUAAGCUUUUGCACCAACCACUUUUCUAGUACGUGGCACAAUACUUAUGAAAUGACAACAUUGUGACCUACAUGGGUCAUGCAAUUCUAUGAAAGCUUCCUUGAAAUUGAUGGUGCUACUUUACCUACCAUGUAUUAACAACGCUUGUUGUUUCACAGGCUUCUUUGGGCAUCCUACUAUAUUCUGGGAUAUUUUUAUGAACAAGCAGUUUAUACAUUUUCAUAUAUAUAAAAUAAAUAAGAAUAGUCAUAUACUUAAUUGGUCAUAACCACAGUAGAAGCAUAUUCCUAGUGUAGGGUCAGCAUCCAUUGUAGUUUUAUUCUGCAGCAUUCAUUAGUGAAUGGCUGUGUGGAAACUACACCUUUAAAGCACAUUCAAAACCCAUUUCCUCCCUCAAAGAAUUCUGGACAUUGUAGUUUGUUAAGGGUUGCUGGAAUGCUGCAUUCAGAUUGGUUAUAAUGCUAGAGCUUCUGUCUUGAUUUUUCAUGUUCCUUUUACACUGCAGUACCUGUUGAGUUACGGAACUGUGGUUUUCUGAGUGAUUUUCCAUGUCAGACUAAGUUUUAAAUAGCAGGAAAGAAUGCAACGUUAGGAUACUUCCCCAACUUUCAUCAUGUGAUAUUGCACUGCAAAACUUCAUGGAUUUUCCAAGUUAACAAGCUUGCAAAUGGAUGAAACAAAUAACACAGAAAAAAGUGUCAAACUUCCACUAGAUUCCCAGAAGUGGCAUUUAGAUCCUGGAAAGAUUACAUUAAACCUGGAAAUUAUCAGUUAAGGAUAAUUUCAGGAUAAUGGAGUAAGUGUGGACUGAACGCAGUCAGGGUUACAAUUAGCAGAAACCCUUAACAAACAACAGUGCCCAAAAUUAUUUGAGGGAAAUAAUGUGCUUUUAGCAUGUGCAAACCCACAGCUUGACAACAAUGUACUUAGAGCACCGUCCUGUGUAUGUCUACUCAGAAGCCAAUCCUGAUACAUUCAAUAGGACACACUCCAAAGUAUAAUGUGUACAGGACUGCAACCUGACUCAGUUUUUUAAAAAACCAAAUCUUGAAAAAAGUACAUUGUGUUCUGUACAUAUCCCAUUAUUCCUGCACAAUGCCACACACACACACACACACACAGAGAGAGAGAGAGAGAGAGAGAGAGAUCAUCACAACAACCCUGUGAAGUACUUUUGGCUGCAAAAAGGACACUGGACGUAGUCACCCAAUGAGCUUCAUGGCUGAGCAGGGACUCCUGCCUAUUGGAAACAUAUCCAUGUAUAAAGGUGAGGUUUGAAAUUUUCUCAGACAUAUUUUAUCCUCUCCAAAUAUUUACAUACACAGAUAUCAAGUUUCCCUGCUCUGGCCGGAUUAUGAGCUUUGAAACUGGUAGUGACACGGUUAAGGCACUAUUGUUCUACGAAGUGCUUAUCCGUGAGCAUAUUGUUUCAGAUGGAAUAUAUAUAUAACAUGAGAAAAAUCUUGUUUGCUGAAGUCUUCUGUAACUUCAAAAUUUGCAUACUUAGAUGCCAAAAGAUGUUUGUCCCAUAAAAGAUAUUAACUGGUUUAAUUUCCACUGUUGCUGGCAAGAAGCCAGUUCACACACUCUAUGAAAAGGUGUGUGAAAAUCCCAAAGGAGGUGGACCUAGAUAUGGGCACUGUUCAUGCUCAAAAGCAUUCUCGUUACAUUUAUUACACCUUCCGAGAAUGAACCCCAGUACUGUAUUCCAAACAAUUGACUUCUGGAUCACAAUAGAGCUCUGUUUGCUGCAAUUAAGGUCUGCAGUCACGGUCACCGUUUGAAGUAUUCCAAACCUUUGCAUGCAAAUUACAGCCUUUGGAUAGAAAUUAUCUCCAGAAUGCACUUUGAAAACGAGCAGGAAGAAAGAGCAGCAAUGCGGUUCAAACCCCCUUGGGCGCAAAAACCACUGGAUGACCUUGGCUCGGUCACCGUCUCUCAGCCUGCCCUACAUCGCAAGGUUGUUGUUGGAACAGGGCUAAAAAUGCGAGAAAUGAAGAGGCGGCCCUGAAGUCCUUGGGGUGAAGAAGGGCGGGCUAGAAAUGCUAGAGAGAAAAGGAGAGGUCAGAAGGAACGAUCUGCGAAGCCCGCCCCGCCCCAAUAACUCUGCCCUAACUACCUUUGCUCUCACGGCUUUUCGCGGGGCUCACUUCGAAAUAAGCACACGUAAGCCCAACGGCCACGAAGGAGAUGCGUGCACACAUAUAGGACACUCGAAUGCUUCCUUUUAACACGAUCACGAGAGGUGGCUGUCUGUGCGCGCCAGCCGAAGCAGCGCAGAGGAGGGGGCAGCGUCUCUCUCUCUCUUUUGCAACGCCAGAGCAUUGUGGGCAGAUUUUCCCCUGCAGCGAGCAAGGAGGCUCAUAAACUCUGCAAAGAAGCCCCGCUUGCUUCUCCAGCACCUCGCCGGACUCCAGAGAGCGCUGUGCAGCCGGCCCAGGGAGGGGAGCUGCAGGAGCAUCAACCGCCCCAACCCCGGCCGGCGCAGGAGGGCAAAGGAGCCCCGGGCGGACACCUCCUCGGCGCGGCCGGGGGGCUCACUCCGGCCAGCUGCAGUCCCAGCCACGGGGCCCAGGUAAAGGAAACUUGCCUCCUUCUUUGUGCGCCUUCGCUUCCGCGCCGGCAGAGCUCAAGGUCUGGGCUGCCGCUGCUGCUGCUGCUGUUGCCGCCUCCCCAUUGCAAAGGACCAAUGGGACUUUUAAAAAACAUUUUGCUCCCGGGGCUCGAUCGCCAAGAGAUCCGGAUCUUCCGAUCUUAGAACAGGCUGACCAGAAAUAAGGAUGGGGGAGAGAGAGCAAGAGGCUCAAAGGGGGUGUGGGUGCGGCGAAGAAAUUUGGGGGAGAGUCGAUGGUGGCGGGACUGAAGCUGCGCAGCGCGAGAAGGCAGCUUCGAGUCGGUUUAUCCGGAGAAAUGCGAACUGAGGCUCUAUUAUAUUAUUAUUAUUAUUAUUAUUAUUAUUAUUAUUAUUAUCAUGAUGAAUGAUGAUGAUAAGGACUCUUUUUCCUUGGGCAGUUUGCUGCUUCCCAAAGUGCUCGCUCGCUGGCAUGGAGCGGCUGCCCCCUACAGGAUCAUGCUCAAAGGGAAGACAUGUAAUCUGUCCCUGCCGUGUUGAAAACCAAGGACAGGAAAAGCCCGGCGCUUUAAGAGAAGCGCCGCUCAGCGCCACUGAUGGGUCCUCCUUGUCACUUGCUGAGUUCAGCAGAUCUCCCGUUGUCGGUGCCUUUCUUUUUUACCUUGCUCAGCUCGUUUGUCUGCUGGUGCGAUUCGGGUUCUCCUCCCGAUCGGUUUAAACAGGGUAGGGACUCAGACCUCAGAGGCAUGAAAGGAGAAACAUAGAAAGAGUGCUCCUGAGCAAGCACAGAGUGCUUUCUCCCUCAGCAAGUCACCCCACCCAUUUAACUUCUGUGUCUUUAAAGUGUCUGGUUGUGGGGAGAGGUACAGGUUCUGUUGUAUUUAGAAUACCAGUGAUUUUGUGUUGGGAAGGCUCCAGAAGAGUAUCUGAUUUAAAUAAUUUCUAGAGUCGGGGCUACAUCGCAUGUCCUAAUUUUUGACAUAGAAUCAUAGACAUGUCAGAAACAACCUCACAGUCCCCUUCCCUUGAUGUAAUUGCUGUUUUAUUUGAAUUGAAAGCACAGGUAUUGUGUGAUUGGACUCGUUUGUGGAUAGCAAACUCUUACAACUAUUGAUGGUCAGACACGCCUCCUCAGUUCAUCCCUCCUGAUAGCAUCCUGGCAUUUAUUUAUGUUAACGUAUAGGUUACCUGUUCCAGGGGCAGAGAGUGACUUACAUACCUGAUACUUCAUACAAAGAACAGACAGGUGCCAAGGGAUUCACAAUUCCCUUCCGGUUCUCUUUUUAACUCCUUUGUCCAAAACCAAGGGGUUUCUUUUCCCAGCCUAAUGUAUUCUGCAGAUGUGCAGAGGGAUGGCAAGUUUCCUCUUAGUAUUACGGCUGUUUCGCGGAAGCCUGAUUCCUCUUCUACUAAUUUAUUUAUUGUUGAAAGAAGAGAUGUGCGCUCCUGCACUGGUGGGGCAAGGGAAGCACACACUUCCUUUUAAAGAAUGAAAUACGGAAGGAAAACAAAAAAAGAUGUUCUUAAAUAGCUAGCUAUUGCUUCAGGAGAAGGAAAAGCUUCCUUGAGUUUCCAGAUUUUUUAAAGCAAGGGCGGCUACACUCAGGCCUGAGGGCUGAAUAUGGUCCUGCAAUCCGCUCUGUCCAGCUUGAGGGCCUGUUUCGAGAUAAAAGUAGAUGGAACACUGGAUGUGACUCUUAUCUUUCUGCCAUAGGCUGCAUUCCAGCCAUGCGAAAUUCAGGUAUUUCUAUACUCGCACCCGUAUACACGUAUCUCCCAAGCAAUAGGCAUAUGUGCAGUUCAGGGACGCAUCCCAGCCAGGCAAAAGCACUCAAAGAGGGUUUAUUGUAGAGCUGGUAAGCACCUGGCCUGUGGAGAAUAUAUGAGGCCUGACAGGAGGCCUGGGAAGAUUCCUGAGGGCUACAGCGCUAGGUCUGAUGAGCCACAUUGGCCUCUAGGCAUAAGGUUCACCACCCUUGAUUUAGGGCUGUUGUUCCAAACUGUCCAGGCUCCCACUAGUCAACGCAGGACUUGGGACUCUUGGCUUGGUUACUACUAAGGGUGUUGUUCCAAAGAUGGUCGCGCUGCACAGUCCAAACAUAGAUCAGGUUACCAGCAGUGUUUUGAAACUCCCAUUGUUUAGGAGCAUUUUGCGACAGGGAAUUUCAUUAACGUGAGCAGUUUCUGAGCUCUGGGUGCAGUACUGCGCUUAAGAUUUCAGAAUAAAACUGCAGAGUGGAAGGAAAGGAGGACCUUUUUCUGCCUCCCCGCUUCCAGCUACUCUCUGAAGACUGGAGAAGAGACCCUCCUAAGAAUAUUAGAGGGGUGAGCAGGGGAAGGACUAGACCAUGUGAAAAAUGAACAUAAUAUUUUAGUUGCAGUUCAUUUUCAGCUUUGUAUUCUUGUUAUAUAAAAAAGUGUGCCUAGACAUUCCGUUGUUGCGCCCAUAACCCAGGUUUAAGGUGCCAUUUAGCUCCUAGCUUUCAUAGCUCAGUUUCUAAAACUGAUUACAAGGUGUGCAAAUCAGCCGCUUAAAUCAGAGUUCUAAAUUACAAAGAUUGGCAUAAAUUACGAAGACACCAUCCCAGCACUUGGCAUGCCCCCUGAGCUCUGCUUUUGGAGAGUGGGGUAGGCACAGCCAUUUAUGUGUUUACAUACUGAGGCAUGGGAUCGGGCCAGCAAGCGGGCACUUCUGUUAGGAGGCUGGGUCCACUUGCGCUGGUGCAACCCGUGAUGCAUCCUUGAAGAUGGCAACAGUUGACGGCUCACUAUCCGCUCUAGGCUCAGGUGCUCCCCUGAGGGUGGGAAGCAGUUCACUGGCUGCAAGUGGAGCUGAGGCCUAGUUAGGCAGCUCUCCCUCGACGCUUGGGGGUGUGCUUUCUCCGAACAAGUGCCUCUCCACGAUCUGGGUCAGCACCUCCCAGACCACUGGGUCCCUCCUCAGAAUCAGGUUCCACUCUUCCCAUUCCUUCUCUGAAGUCAAGAAGUCUCCACAGGACUCAAAACGGCUUCAUAAAAAUAUAGUUGGCAAAUAAUCUGUAGUCCGAAACCUAAAUGCAUGCUUAUGAAUAGAGAGUACUCGUCUCGCUGCCUUUCAUUGCUAUAUUGCAGCAUUUAGAAGUGGAAUGACUGUACCAUUCCCCCCUCCUUGCUCUUGUUUGUGAGAGAAGUAGCUUGGUUAGAUUGCAUAGAGACUUGUUUGUACAAGUGAGCCCGGGUGGGUGUGAACAAACGGAGGGGAGCAGAACUGAAGCACACGAAGUCCGAAUUGGGUCACUACAUUCUGUAGAGUUCAGAGUUGAGAAAUUCAGAUUCCUAUGAAAGGUUUACCUCCCACACUCUUGGGCCUAUGAGAGCCUGUUCAGCCAAAAUAUUUAGGUGCGGUUAUCUGCCAAAUGAGGAAAUAAACAAUUUACUUCAAAGCAUUGUGUAGGACCAACAUAAUUCUGGGGAAUUAAGAAAUUUCUCAGAAUUAAGAGAUUAAGAGUAUUCUUACAAAUCAACAUUUUCUUCUUUUUCACUGCCUUUGUUUUCAUAUUCUCCCUGGUACAAUGUUCCCCCUGAUACAAUUCUAGGAGCUCAUGGUGGCGUACCUGGUUCUCCCCCUCUUCAAUUAACUCCCCACAACAACCCUGUGAAGUAGGUCAGCUGAGAGGCAAUGACUGGCCCAAGGUCAUCCAAUGAGCUUCAUGGCUGAGUGGGGAUUUGAACCCUGGUCUCCCAGGUCCUUGUCCGACACUUUAACCACUACACCACACAGGCUCUGUCAUGUGUCAUAUAACAUUACUGUAAACACAUCAGAACAAAUGUUCAGUGAGGACGGUCAUUAGGAAGUGGCCUUUGCUGAUAUUUGGUGCAGGCUGGGUUUUGUCUUUUAACUUUUAUCUCUUGGUGAUGUCUGUUUGACACCAUUUUGGUUACAAGACAAGGAAAUGUCGGCUGGUGAGUCGAAUACCGAUAAAGAAUAAGCAAAGCGCAGCUUCCUUAAGUGGCAGUCUCCACUUGGCAGAGCAGGAUAUAUGUGGCUCCCAUCCCAAACCAAUUGGGCCAUUAAUCAUCAUGAAACAUGUAGGGCGAGCUAAAGACGAGGCACUUAAUUCUGGUCACAAAUUAGUCUAAAACCUGUGUGAUAGCACCGGCUCAAAUGGAGGCACCUUAGCAUUUAAAUGCUGAUAGCAAAAACAGGUGUUAGAUUCUCAAAACCUCUUCGCAGAGGUUAUAAAAAAUGCCCAUGUUAAAUCAAACACUCAUUUCAGUUUUUAAUAGCUUCACAGGUCCAGGCUGAACUGUCUGUGGAGACUUUUUGGGGUCACAAGUGACUCCUUAAAAAACAAACACACACGGUUAAGGUUUGCAGGCCUGUUUCCCCACCCCCUCAACCUCCACUAUUCCGCAUGAUGAACAUGCCUUUCUGCUUUUGUCUUGUUCCAUGAUCACAAUAUGAAAAUUAUGAAGAGAAGUCAUACCCACCAAACCACUAAUUUUCAUAGAAAGCAGGAGCCCACUUCUGAAAAAGUGUUCACAUACUGUACCUGAGGUUGAUGGGGGCAGAAAACUGUCUCACAGACAGAGGGUCAUUCCAGACAAGUGUCCCCCAACUUGGUGCCCACCAGAUAUUUGGGACUCCAGUCCCCCUCAGCCCAAGUCAACAGCCAGGAUUAUGGAAGCUGUAGCUAGAAACAUUAGGGGGUGGGGAGCCCAAGGUCACAGAAGGCUGUUCUACCUGUUGGUCUUAACUUUGCUGGAUUGCCAUAUGUAGGACAUAGAACAAUGUGCAUGAUGGACAGCAGAAUCUAAGUAUCAACCACACAAAAUAAGCUCAUUGGAAACCACUCAAUGUUGCAUAUUUAUUAUAGACAUUGUUCUCCAGUUGUCUGCAUAACAGAACUUCUGCUGUGCCACCAAUUCACAGUGUGAACAAAAUAGCAUUUUUGUCUAGCUUUGUAAAAACAUAAUUCUCCCAGCAUUUGGUGUGUUGGGAGGUGCUGACCUGCACUCAAGGCUACAUAUGACUAAAGGAUAAGCUAGUUUGGGAGAGGCAAGGUUGCCUUUGUCUGACGUCCAAGUUCUUAUCCCAGAGAAGUCAAUGCGAGCUUUGUCAUUGACUUCAGUGGGUUAAUGAUUUACUCUUUAGAAAAUGCCUUGCUUUUUCUCUUUGCCAGAACCUGUUAAAGGAUGCAACAUAAUGAAAUAUAGAAAUGAUUCUGCAAACUAUAUCCUAAUGGGAGAUAGGUCAGGGGUUUGUUUGUUUGUUUGUUUGUUUGUUUGUUUCUACAAAACAUUUAGCCACACUUCCCCCUCAGAAUUUUGGAGAGGGGCAUUAUAUGCCUGAGAAUCUGCUCAGAAGACAUUCAAUCAAAGUAGCCCUACGUCUAAGGAGAAAAUGGCAUUUUAAGUCAAAAAUGGAUGGCUGAGUAUAGUCAUUACUGCCAUCUUGUUAAAUGGCUAUUUAACUGCCUAUGAACUCAGUGGAGGUUUUGCCAAUUAUUUUGAAAGUAAUUGAGUUCGCAUUAAGGUAUUCCGAGUUAAUUACACAGCAGCCAGCUUUGUUUAUCCAAGUCUCAUAAGGUCCAUAGACAAACAACAACAACAAUGAUUUAGAAAUUUAAGGAGUGCCCUGUGAUAAAUAUAGCUUACCACCAGGGGCUGAUUUUUUUAAAUCACCGGCUUGUCAUGUUUAAUAGUGUAGUCGCUAGUCGCAACUGAGGAGUCUCAUGGUGCAGGUUGCACAUGCUGCAAAUGUGUGGGUUGAAUAGGAGUGUGGAAAGCCCUAUACGGCCUAGGACCCUCGUACCUAUGGGACCGCCUCUCCUGGUAUGUCCCACAGAGAAAUUUACGGUCUGCAAAUAAAAACAUCCUGAAGAUCCCAGGCCACAGAGAGGUUAGGCUGGCCUCAACUAGAGCCAAGGCUUUCUGGCCGCGGCUCCAAUCUGGUGGAACGCUCUGUCACAAGAGACUAGGGCCCUGCGGGACCUGACAUCUUUCCGCAGGGCCUGCAAGACAGAGCUGUUCCACCAGGCCUUUGGUCAGGGCGCAGCCUGACCCCCUCCUCUGGCAAUCUGCACAGAAUUUUGCUUAAUGGUUGCCAUCAAUUUGAUUUAAUUUGAUUUUAAUUAAUUUUAUAAUGAAUGUUUUUAGAAUGUUGGAUUAUUUUAAUUGUUGUUAGCCGCCCUGAGCCCAGCUUCAGCUGGGGAGGGCGGGAUAUAAAUAAAAUUAUUUAUUAUUAUUAUUAUUAUUAUUAUUAUUAUGGAAGUAAGCACACAGACAGUAGCCGAUCACAGCAACACCAAUUCCAUUCCUUCAAAAUCUCUUCUACUGUGUGCUUCCCAGUGCUUCUCACUAUCAGUGUCCCAUCUUGCACGUGGCUGUGACAGAUGUUUCAUGACUAAUUUCCAAACAAUUGAGUACUCCAAACGGUACAAGGAUUUGCCUUCUUAUAGCCAUGUGAAAGCAUCUUGCAGGAGCUGUCUAACAACUGUAAGGAGGUUUCUUUCUAAACCUUUACUUCUCUAGUAUAUCAGUAGGGGCCAUAGGAGGGAGGUUUCCCAAGUCACCUUUGCUCUAGAGUACAGCUCAGCUGUUGCGCUGAGUCCAAGGAACUUCAGAACAGUAUUAGUCAAGGAGAGUGAGCCUUCUAACACAGAACUUUGUAUGGAAUAAUUGCUCACAGAUUACCUGAUUUAUUUAAUUUUGUCUAAUCUCCUUAUAAUGGCAGAAACUAAAGGGCAUCUUUGCCCAAGGAAAUUUAUUUCAUGGGUUAAUAAAGCACGAAGUCCAUGCAGUGCAUGGAGUCUCCUGGGGGAGUCUCAAAUUCAGGAACCCUUCUAUGCCUCCAAGAGUUUGUUAGUCUAGAGUUUAACUGGAACAUUAGAGGUGGUGUAUUUAACCUUACGUGGCAGAAGAAAGGAAUAAUUUGUGGUGUAUGCUCUGUAUAAAAAAUACUCUCAAGUUGAAACACUGGUGAAAUUAUGAUGGGCAGAAGCUUUAACUAAUGUGCCUAAAGUCUCUGAAACGCUGUGUUUGUUUUGCAAUAUCAUAUGAGUGGUAUUCAAACUAACUUUUAUACAGAGUAGACCUAUUAAAAUUAAUGCCCCUAGCUUAGUCAUGCUCAUUUAAUUUGAGUGGGUCUGCUGUGAGUAAACCCUAGCUGAAUAACAGCGUAUGUGUUUUCAUAUUUAUGAAACUAAUCAAAAUUAUUAUGUGAACCGCCCUGAGAUCUUAUGAUGAAGUGCGGUAUAUACAUCUAAUAGAUAAAUAAAUUACCCCCUCCCAAAACCCCACCACCACCAAUGUCCCAUUGAACAGGUGAGUUUUAAUUUUGGGUAAGUAUAUAUAAGAUUGCUCAGUAAAUCUAUAAAUAAGUUUUUAAAAACCAAAUCCAUCUCUCAUGUUAGCUUAUUGUAGGGGUGGGGAACUUUAGGCCUGGGGGCCAAAUCCAGCCCUCCUGACUCUGCCCAGGCCGUCCCUCUGCCCCAGGCCAUAUCCCUCAUUGCUCCCGAUACAUGCCCUUAAUUGUGGGGUUGUUGUUUUUUUCCCCAAGGCUUGAAUAUAUCUUACCUGUAAUAAUGCCACAGGCACUGCCUUCCCUGCUUUUGACCACACCUACCACUAGGAUAUGCCCCUCAGAAGAUUGCCCAUCAGGGAAUGCAGACCUGCAGCUGGAAAAGUUCCCUAUCCCUAGCUUAAAGGGACAAAUAAAGCUUUCAUUACGCUGAUUGCAAAUUUUCAACACGAGAGAGACAGAUGAGCUCCUGUGGAGAAAAUGCCAAGCAACAGCUCAUAUCUCUUAGCAAAUACUUUAUUUUGAUGGGAGACAAGAUAGUAGCUAUCACAGCAUUCAAAAUCAGAAGUCAUUUAAAGAGAAAAAGAAAAAUAUGAUCUCUUUGCAAAUUUCAGUUGCGGGCUGACUGACCUCUACAUUGUUUGUACACUUCUUCACCUCUCAGGAUUUAAUUAAAACUUUCCUACAUGGAUAACAAGUUUAAGAAAAAGGACCAGCACUGUGAAGUUGAAUCCAAAUGCUCCAGAGGAGGUUGUUCUGCACCAAAGGAUUUGCUUCAUAUUCCUGAAUACCUGAUACUGCCUUUAGAAAACAGCUCUUAUAUUAUUAGUGAUCCUCCCAGCAAUGUCACGGUUCCACUUGACUGAAACAGAGAUCUGAUUUUAAAACCAAAGUAUGUGCAAAGUUCUGUCAAAACACCUGAGAGGUUUGAGUUUAUCAUUACAGCUGGUAGAUAUAUGCCUUUUGACAGUCAGAUCCUGGCAGGCAUAGGAUUGGCGUGUGUGUGUGUGUGUGUAAGUGUGUAAAGGCUUCCAACUGUUAAGAAGAUGAGAUAUCCCCUCACUCCAAUGCUGACGGCCUUCCUCUUUGAAAGGAUUGCAACAGCUGUCAGUCAGUCAAGCAGUUUUGCACGGCAGAGAUAAGAGACUGUUAUGUGUGUUUUGUCAUUGGUCUUAUACUUGUAAGCUGCUUACAAACCACCUUGGCAAUGAAGCAGUAUAUAAAUAAAAAGCUCCAGCCUCCAGUUCUGUAUCCUAAAGGCUUUGGAGAACCUUUCUCCGCCUGGCACCAGAACAGUAUUUGACCAGUAAAAUGCUGUUGUAUGAAAGGGGGUGGGCAGGACUUGAAAUGUAGGAUUCUAAAAUGGCAGAUGGUGCAGAGUGGCCCAGCUCUCUCCCACAUGCUUGGGAGGAAAUGAUGCUUUACUGCAGGUCUUGGUUUGAACAACAGCUGCUCAAAUGAGAGAGGAUGGUUGGGCUAACUGACAACACAUGGUUUCUGGAUGCAGUGGGAUAUCUAGGUCUUGCAAUGUGUUAUUUACUGAGAAUGUUGGCAUAGGUUCUCAAGCCUGAUGGGUGAGUGUGAGUGGCUUUAAUUUCCCAGACUUUUGUUCCCAGUCUUCAUGCAAACCCAGGAUUGUGAUGCGGCACUACAGAUCAUCCAAUGGAGACUUCAUGAUGACAUUCUUACAUUUUUAUUAUACAGAGAGAAAAAUAUUUUCCUUUAAAUGCUUUUGAAUGUCUAAAUCUUUUAUUUUGUUAUGUUUCUGCACAUAUUAUUGGAUAGCACAUAAAAGGGUGAUUAAUCAAAUGCCAAUGCAGAAUUUCAGCCUAUGUUGCUCCUCCAUCAUUCAGCCAAUGGAAACACAAAAGCAUCUCACACAGCUGUCUUCCCAUGUAGUGUACAGCAGCGUCCCUGGGAAAAAGUACUUGCUAUUUCCACAGGGCAUGGGAAAUUACUAUCUGAAUGCUGUCCUGUCAUUCCUCCCCCUCAAAAUUCUAGGUGCAUGUACACAUUACAGCGAAUAGUCUGGUAUUCUGUGAAUUUUCUAUAGCUGUGAAUAUGCAGCAUCUGUAGAGGUUUAUCAAGUAAACUUGUUAUUGUUGGCCAGUGCAGUCAGUUGAACCUACUCCUUUAAGGUAUUGGAACCAAAAAGCAUUCAGUUUUCUAUCCAGGCCCAUAUGUAAAUCAUAUAAUGGUAUAUUCUAAUAGUCAACCCUUUGCUGUAUAAUAAGUAGUUUAGUUGAGCAAAAUAUAGCAUGAUGAGAGUAAGGGAGGGAAUCAUUAAUUUUCCCCCAAAUGUUAAGGUCAAUAAAUGUGCAGGCGGGCAGAAGUAACACAAUGUCAUGUAGUUCAAGCUUUUAAUUGUAGUCACUGAAGUCAAUGUGCAUGGCUAGAGCCAGCAAUUUUAGAUUUCUGUAAAGCCUAAACUAGCUCUCAGCACUUUGCUUCUUUGCAUGAAAUCCCAUCUUAAGUCUUAGUGUGUGCAUUUUUCAUGCAUCCUGUCUCAUUUGAGUCCUUUCCUGCAUAACUAAUUCUUCUCCCUGUUCUUCACUUGACAGAUUGAAAACUCAUUAUGUACACAUCUGUAUAUCCAAACAGAUUUCAAAAGUAUGUACCGCAUAUAUUCCCCCAGAGUCUGCAUUUACAUUUGAUAGGUGGCUUUUGCUGACGAUUCUGCUUCACUGCUCUGUGUUCAUCUGGACCACCUACCCAGACGAGCUCUUUGGAGAGCCUUUAAACAGGAGAUGCUAGAUCACACAUGGAUAGCUGGCAAAGGAGGAUGAGGGUGUAAAUGCGAUUUCAUGACAGAAGGCAUGGUUAGCAUAAAGGAGACUAUGGGGUCCUUCCACUGCCAGCUCACUAGUUGAUGCCCACAAGGAAGGAGUUCUUAAUUAGCUCCUGUUGAGAUGCCGCAAUCCUGCUCCUGAAGGGAAUUUGUUGAUUCAGCAUCGUAAUCCUGCAUGGGAUGGGUGUACCUGACCCAGCCUAAAGCUCAGUCGGCCAUUUAGGUCAGAUUAGGAUUGCUGAGUUUAGUUUUAAACAUCAAGUGUUUUGGCAGCUGGCUUUCUAUUUGUGUGGGUUUGGUUUUUUUACUUCAGUAAUUUAUCUCGCAAAAUAGACAAUGAUGCACUCACACUUGGUGCUGUCUGUGUAUCUCCUUGCAGAAUUCACAGUAGGGAAAGAAGAUCAAGGAAUCAUGGAUGGACUAGGUGAGAGGUCAGAUUAAAGUGGGUAAGGGCUGAGGUAGCUGUGUUUCCAGGCGCCUAGGAUUUCUUUCUAGAGCCUGUCCAGCUAUAACAUUCCUCUUGUAGGAUCCCUGAACCUCAGCUCCUGUAGCCAGAUGGACUACAUUAAGCCAACAGUACAUUUUAAUACAUCUAGAAUUUCAAUCCAAAAUGACAAUGCCUUGAGAGAGCCAUUCCCCUUGUUGCUUUCAUUUGUACUACUACAAAGCAACUUUGAGGGCUCAAAUUUUAAUCGGAGCAGCGGCACCAAAGGAGGAGGUGCUUAAUCCUCCUCUUCCUGCCCCCACGACCUUUUCGUGAUCCAAAAGAGGUGUACUUUUAAAAUAAGUAGGACAUGACUGGAUAACCAAAUCGGAACGUUGUGGGUUCGGUUUCACCUCAAAAGCCUUUUGACAGAACUCUGGCACACCUCCUGUUGCAAUAUUCUCUCAGGUCACAAUCGAAGCAUUAUCUAGACCUUGGCGAGUUUUAUUAGCUAUUAUGAAAUCUUUCCCCUUCUAAUGAGAUCUCCCCCACCGACCCCAACAAUAAGCCUCAAAAACUGGCAGCUGACUUGAGUGUGCUUUGCAGCUUGGAAGCGGUGUGGUGACACUUUGACGUUGUUUGUUCAGUUUCCUCACACAAAGCACCAUUGCCAAUAGUCAGGUCUUUCGUCCAGCUUGGGUCUCAGAUAAGGCAUGUUCAUGUUUUCCUUCAUUUUGUUAAUCUAGCCUGUUUUGUGGUUUGGCAGAGCCCACUCUUGCUCAGGGGCAGCAGUGUGGCACAGUACCCCUUUCUCCCUACUACCUCACACUGCUGUAAGCGACAGCUGCCAUCACUGGAGGAUGGUCCAGCAGGGUGAAUGGGGACACUGCCCCACCAACCUCAGCCAACUCUCCUGCCUGCCUGCCUCCUUGCUUACAACUAGUCAAGGGGUGGCUAGUGAACAACUAGUCAGCAGGGUUUUAAGUGGGUCUCCUUAAACCACAGGAUCACACUGGAAAGGGCUUUCCUCCCACUUCUGCCUGCUCUUACAGAUGCUACUCAUUGAACUGCAGCUGAGGUAUAAAAUCAAUCGUGCUGAAUGCUCAGUAAUGACAACAGAUGCAUUGCUAAUUUUUCUGGUCCUUCUGCACAGAUUCAAUGUCUUCACUGGUUCUCUGUAGACUGAUGGUAUAACAAGGAAGAUAUGAAGCCUCAGCCAAAAUAACCUCUUCAGAAUGGAACACUGCUGUUAUUAUUAUUAUCUCUACUAGGUAUGGUGUCCUCCAGGUACUGUUAUAGACUGCAGCUUCCCCCAGCCCUGCGCUUGGCCAUGCUGGCUGGGGCUGUUGAAAGCUGAAACCAGCAACAUAUGGUGGUCAGUGCAUUGAAUAAGCUCUUGGGCUCCCAAUUCACUUCUACGCAAACAACCAUCUUUGCUGUGGCAUCCGUUAACAUUCAGAAUCGCCCAUGAUGUUGUAGCAUAAGACAAUCAAAGCUGUUUCACUUUGCUUUCCAUUCACACUAUUUAAAAAAACAACCCCCAAAAGUGUAGUCAGUGUGACUUUAAAAUGCAAAUGUGGUUGUUACUUUUAUUUAGUAGCAUGAACAAACUUGAUUUUGUUCGUUUGGCAUCAGGGAGUUUGGCAGUUGGGUAUGUGAGAAACAGAGUUUGGGGGUGAUCAUGAGAGAGAUAGAUACUGUGAUUGUAUUUGUGUGUUGGAGAUCAGAGCCCAUCUCUGCCAUUGAACCUGGGUUCUGGGACAAGUUAUUUUAGUUUCACCACUUUACCUCCUGUGAAAUGGGUUUCUGUUGCUUUGAAGGGAUAGUUUUGCGUGUUCCUUUCUGCCUUGUGCUCAGGUUCUGGGGCAAGUUGUCUUUUGCCAUCACAAAUUUGCUUCCUGUGAAAUGGUUUUCUGAAGAAGCAGUUAAUUGUGGCUUCAGAAAGUGGCUUUGUGUAUUGGGGAUCAGUGCCCCACCCUCACGCCCAUUGCCUUGUGCUCAGGUUCUGGAGCAAGUGUGCCUGUCUUAUCUCCAAUUUGCCUCAUGGGUUGUUUUUUUGUUGGAGCAGAAAGCUGUCACUUAAGAUGCAUGGUUUGAUAUUUGGGGCUGAAAGCCAACCUCUGCGUUGUACAAAGGCUGAGAUCACUUGUCUUCAUCUAGUCCAGACAGCUGUCUUGUCUGUAGCAUUAGCAAGUAGGGAUAGCAGGGAAAUUUGUUCAGGUAACCUACCCAGUUUGCAAUUCCCAAAUAAAAUACAGUAAGUCCACAACUUAUGCACAUUUAACAUGUGCACAUUCAACUUUACGCUCUUGGCAAAAAGUAAAAAAUAAAAGGGCGUGGAAAGGGGGUGGCAUCUGGGGGGGGGGAGUCUUUGGCAAUCCCACCCACCAUUGAACCCAGUGUGUUUUGGCUUUAGGCAUGAUCCCAGAACGUAACACCCACAUAAGUGGUGGGCUUACUGUACACAGUGAGACACACCUAUCCUUCAAUGUUUCUACUUCUCUGAUUUUUUGUAGUGCAGUUGUCCAACCCAACAUGCACCCUCCCAAAAGGCAUAUGUUAAGGAAAAGUGCGCACAAAAAUGCUUCUUUUAGUGAAAAUAAUAUCCCAAAAUUGGGGGGGAAGCUGAUUGGAAACAAAAUGUAUAUUUAAGGCAAAAUUGCAGAGUAAUGCUAGGUGAAAUGCAUAGGAAAAUGCACAUGAAUUUUCAUACAGUAUUUAAAAGAAGAUUGCAAACUAAGGUGGAAACGGGGAGAACCAAACUGAAGACUGGGGGGCGGGGGAGAGAAACAAAUAAAAACGAAAACCAAUUUAUCUGUGCCUUUGAAAAGGUUAAAAGCAACCAGCCAUGACUGAAAACUGUACUGGAACCCCUUUCCCUCCCAGUUUGUUUGUUUGUUUGUUUGUUUUGUUUUUUUGAAAGGUGCAUUUAGUUUCUUCAAAGAGAGGAUCUGUACAGCAGGACCAGGUGGAGGAGGCAGUGGUGAUCGUUUGCCUCACAAGUUGCGUUUUCUUUCUCACACACGAGGAAGUGUCUUCUAAUAACAUCUGUGAGAGGAGAAGGGUCCCAGUCCCAGCAGUGGCGAACACACUGUAUUGCUUUCCCAAGGCAUCAAUGGCUGCUAGCCACGAUGGCUAUAUACUACCUCUAAAUACUAGUUUCUGGGGAUCACAAGCAAGAGAGAGCUCAUAGCCAUCUGCUUCACUGCUGUGAGAACAGAAUGCUGGGCUAGAUGGACCUUUGACUUGAUCCGUAGGAACGCAGGAAACCGCCUUAUACGUAGUGAGUCCAUUGGCCCAUCUAGCUCCUACACCGACUGGCAGCAGCUUUCCAUGGCUUCAAGUAAGGGACAUUCCCUGCCUUACCAGGAGAUGCUGGGAAUAGGACCUGGGGCAUUCUGAGUGCACAACCUAUCUUGCAACAAUAAUCUACAGUCGUGCCUUGGUACUCAGACAUUUUGGCUCCCAAACACCGCAAACCCGGAAGUGAGUGUUCCAGUUUGCGAACCUUUUUUGGAAGCCAAACAUCCAACGCGGCUUCCGAUUGAGUGCAGGAAGCUCCUGCAGCCAAUCGGAAGCCAUGCUUUGGUUUUCGAACAGUUCCAGAAGUCAAACGGACUCCCGGAACGGAUCAUUUUGACAACCAAGGUACCACUGUAUUGCCCUUCUUCCACUGAGCUAUAGCCUUUUCCAGCAGGGCUGCUUUUACUUUCUUAUGCCAUUACUUGGCAUUUUUUCCUGCCUGCUCUCCUGUACCUUUUGACAGCAGCAUAUUAGGCAGAAGCCCAGCAGGUGAAACAGUUCCAUGCUGGGAAAAGCUCCUGUUGAAUGCCUGCCAUGCAGCUGUUAAAACAAACCUUCCUACCUACAUAAGACCUACGGCUACAAGGCAGAUCAAUGUGGCAUCUCUCAUUGUUCUUAAUUCAGAAAAUAAAACUUGCCCUUUUAGCAGUACUUGCAGACUACAAGUAAAUCAGACACUAAGUUGAACAUUUAAUUAAGGCUGCAAUCCAUAACUUUUUAUUAGAAUAUAAAACUCACUGAAAUCCACAGUGUCUGAAUUCUGAGGGAAUAUUAAUGCACAAUACAGUGGUACCUCAGGUUACAUACGCUUCAGGUUACAUACGCUUCAGGUUACAGACUCCACUAACCCAGAAAUAGUGCCUCGGGUUAAGAACUUUGCUUCAGGAUGAGAACAGAAAUCGUGCUCCGGCGGCGCAGCAGCAGCGGGAGUCCCCAUUAGCUAAAGUGGUGCUUCAGGUGAAGAAUAGUUUCAGGUUAAGAACGGACCUCCAGAACAAAUUAAGUACUUAAUCCGAGGUACCACUGUAUAAUCAUGUUUCUGUUUGGGAAGGUUUGUGAUAUGAGGUAGAACCAGGCUUUGCUUGUCUUACCCAAAAUAAUUUUUAUGUUUCUGCCACUGUUAAUUAUUGGCAGCCUUUUAAAUAAUCCUUUCCAAAUAAAAAAUAAAAAAUAAGAUAAUUAUUUCACAACUUGGUUCAGGCAUUUCCUCUUGGGAGUUAAUCAGAUGUUUUGUUUCUCUUGGAGCUUCAAAAAUAAGACAAUCCUUCUUUGGAAAGUAUAUGAAGAUUCUUGCAAAUGCCAUGUUUUUACCAUGCCUGAACACGACUUCUAUUUGCAUCCUUCUCUGUUAUCACAGUAAAGGUUGUAUUUGCUUUUCAAGCAAGGUCAUUAGUCAGCUGACCAACUCUUUAGCAGCUGGAGUGACUACAUGUUUUGCCAGUCUAACUCUGGACUUUUCAGGAGUCUUUGGAGCGCUUCCUAGAAAGAGAAGGCUUGUCUGGGUUUCUUUUCUUCCUUUUGAUUUGGCAGCUGGGAGGAUAUGAAGGUAACCUGGCCAAAUACUUCUGUUAACUGCCAGUUUGAAUUCCAAUAAUGAAAUGCCGAGAUAAAUUGCUGCAAUGCAGUUGCAAAUGAUAGGCAGUAUCAGAAAGCUGUUGCAAUAGCUCUUAAUGAGAAUGCAUUAACUUGUCAUCCCACUGGGGAGAAAUGAUCUUGGUUUCAAAAUACUGUUUUUAAAUGCUUCUAAAUGAUCAAAGGGUCCUUCCUUGUAGUGAAUGCCACAGGCAUUGAUCUUAGUGACUCUGUGCAUUGUCAGUUCGGAAGUGGCAAACCAUUGCUGCCAGCUCAGUGGAACUUAAUCCUACACGUGCAUAGGUGAGAGUCAGCAACAAUGAAUAAUACGGUGCUUACUUCUGAGUAAACAUGCACAGGAUUCCACUGUAGUUUGACAUGGUGUUGAAUGUUUUGGAUCUUUAGAUUCAGUUUACCUGUUGUUCUUCAGUUGACGCAAAUAUAAAGCAAACUACAGCUGUCUCUAUAAACCAUGUCCUUGUGAAUGAGAAGUGAAGGCUUCUAACGAUGUUGAUGUUGACAAUUUCCACAUCUAAUUGAUACACAUAUUCUACAUCUUUGUUAUAUCAUUUUCUGUAUAUAUACUUAUUUUAUAGAACAUAUUUUCAAAUGGAUACGUCCACUAAAAUUAAAGAUGUCACUUGUGCUUACACAAUGAUUGUCUAGAGUUUAAACUGAAGGUUUCCUGGUACUGUUCUACUGACACACUGUUCAGAUAAUCCUGCACAGAAAGUUAUUUCUACUGAUGUAUAUGAUUUAUGGAACCUAGCAGUACUGCUGAAAACAUGGCUACUAAGAAGAGACAACACCACAGAAGCUUUUCUAAAUCUUUUGAAUAAUCGUUGACAAGCAUGGGGGCUUGUUUUAUGGCAAAAGCCAGGUAGCCAUAGUGUGUUGUAUUGGCAUGGGUAUGUGUGCUUUGUUGGCAGAAAAACAAUAAUGUAAGCAGUAAUUGUCAUGUCUAAGGACUGAUUCAUAUGUUGUUGUUGUUGUUUGCUUGCUUAUUUCCCCCAAACCUGGCAGCCUUCUCCAACCUUCAGAUCUUCUGGACUACAGUUCCCAUCAGCGCCAGCCAGCACAACUGAUGGGAAUUGUAAUCCAAAACAUUGGGCAGGCAUCAAGUUAGCAAAGGCUGAAUUAUGAUUUACUGUGAUGUGUGAACUGUUUUUUUGUAUCCAGACCUAUCUAUUAACACGUACAAAAAAGGGGCUAGUUAUUCUCCAAAACUACCUACAUCAGCUUUCAUAUUAGCUAAUACAUAUCCAUGGAUGUUCAUCUAUAAAUGGGAAUUGGAAAUAUCUGUCAGUUUGCUGCCCUUUAGAGGUGUCUAUAAUCAGCUACUUGAGGCAGAACCGUAGGGAAGGACCCUGGCAAUAUCUUGUCAUGUCUAUAAUUAGUUUCUCUUCCAGCCCCCCCCCUUGCUUUUUAAACUAGGAAAGCUGUAGUACACAGCACAUUAAUUAUAGGCCAUGUCCCAGAGUAAUCAAUGCUUCCAACAGUAAUAAGAUGAGUGAUUACUUAUCACCUCAACUUCUACUCAACAUGCAUCUCCUCAGCGUUUCUUCCUCUCCUCCAUCUUCCCCUCCCUUUACCUCCCCAAUUUCUUUCUGAAUUUCCUUUGGUCUUGUGUGUUGUUGCUUAGCAGUGAAAAAUGAUCUGAUAGCGAUACGCCUGUGUCUUCAGAGCAGGAACUCUUACAGUUAGAAGAGAAAACAUUGAUUUAAAAGAUGCCUGGAAGUGCUUACUGGAUAAGGACUCAAAGGAUAAUAAUUUCACUCCAUGCAGACGGAAACUGUCUUAAUAGCUCUGUGUUUAAAAAUAGAUUAUUCUGGUGAAGUGAGCAGUUUGUACAUAAAGAAAUAAUCGAAAGGAAGUGUGAUGCUUAGGUCUUGAAAUAACUAUAAUUGUAUUGUUUAAUAGUUUCCACCCCCCCCUUUUUUUUAAGGUGGACUACAUGUCUUCAGAUGAUGUUUCACUAAUGGCUUGA